AUGUCGACGGGGAUCGGGGAUGCGGCAUCGUUUAGCGGAUUUUCAAGGGGCGGCGAAAGAUUUGGCGGAGAAACUGAAAGCCGUGGGAAUGGGAGCGACUACGGCAGCCGUGGGGGUGGGAUACAUACAAACGGAGACGAUCUGAGCGUGAGUGGCAGCGAGACGGUACGAAGCAGUGGUCUUGGCGAAUCUGCCUCUAUUGUCAGCGAAGUGUCUUCCGGUGGGCUACCCGCACCACCUCUCAUACCUUCCGGCCCACUCCCAGCGAUAGGGGUGAUCAGAGAGUACUUUCUCACAGGGCAGCAGCAACACGACUUGGAUCACGAGCGGCGGCUGACCUCCGAUCACAUGCGUCGGUUAAACCAAGUCUUGGCCGGGCACCUGUCAUACCUUGAGGUGUCCAACAUACACGCCGAGAGGGAAAAACUUCAACUCCAGGCCCUCGCUUCCGCCCCUUCGCACGGCGCCGCCGUUGGAUACUCUGCAUCCCUCAAUGAUUCAAAAAAUGCAAGCGGGACUCCUAGAGGGGGGUCGCUUAGGCAGAACAUCCUACGACGAUUGAUGGGCCGCGUUUGCCGGGACAGAGCAAAGCGCUUAAUUUUCCGCGGUUGGAGCCGCCUUUGCCUCGCCGCGUCGCUGUCUACUGCCGAAGGGACCUCCGCCGUCGCCACAGCUGCGGUUAGGGCUGCACGACCUGAGGUGAUGGAGAAAGAGGCAGAGGAGGCUACCGAAACGGUUGAGAAUCCUAGCAGAGCGGCCAACGUCAGUGCGGAGGUUGCCAUUGCAAGGGAGCACGCGCAGCGGGAAGCCGCCAGUGUGUUGGCGGCUGAGCACCAUCGCACCAUCAAAGACACUGAAGAUGGGGCGCGAGAGCAUCAGCUACGCCGAACGAAGAUGCUGAUCACCCGCGUAUGCCGUGAACGAGACAGGGCCUCCAUGUUCUGCGGUUGGAACCGACUGUACCUGCACGCUGCAACGCUGUCCACGGCUGAGGGGGCUGCCGCCGCCGCAGUUAUGGCCGACAGUGCCCGAGGCCGGGCGAUGGAGGAAGAGACAGGAGCGGCAGCCGGUAGUACUGCUUUGGUGGAAACGCCAGGGAAGGUGCCAAGGGAGUGGGAACAUCGCCUCGAACGGAUGAAGCGAUUGGGGGCAUCCGCCGCUGCCACUGCUGUGGCCAGGGCCGCCCGAGCUGAUGCAGCCCAGAAGGAGGCGGAAGCGGCCGCCGCUUCACCACGGGAAACUGCUUUCGGGUCAAAGUUGAUGGCCGACCUGGAGCUGAAGGUCAAAAAGAUAGAGCAAACAGUGCAAGAGCACCAGCUACGCCGGGUGAAAGGAUUGGGAGCCUCCGCCGCCACCACCUCUGCGGCCAGGGCCACCCGAUCGACGGCGAUGGAAAUGGAGACUGAAGAGGCCACAGAUAAGACUGAGGUAUCGAGGAGAGCGGAAGAUGAAAUCGAGAAUGUGGCGGCAGCGAGGGAACAGGCGCGACGGGAGACGGCUCGAGGGUCAAACUCGGUGGCUAAGCUACAGCACAAGAUCACAGACAUGGAGGCGAUAUUACGAGAGCAUCAGCUUCGGUGGAUAAAGAUCUUGAUAACACGCGUAUGCGGCGAUAGAGACAGGAGGUCUCUAUUCCGCUCUUGGAGCCGGCUCUGCCUACACGCUGCCUCCGUGGGUGCCAUAGACGACGUCUCAGCUGCUGCGGCGGAAGCGGCUCGCGUGGCCAAGGCGGAUGCAGUUGAGAAGCAGGCACCAACACCUGCAGAACGAGCUAAGGUAUCGGAAAAGGGCCACGAGGAUUCGAUGGUAGCGGCGGAUCUUGAAAAGAGAGCAGAGGAAGCUGAAAAGGCAGUCGACGAGCAAAGACGACAACAGACCGUUCGAAUGGUUGCUAGAGUGCUCCGGGAUAGGAACCGCCGUCUCCUCUUCCGCAGCUGGGGUCGCCUGUGUUCGCACGCCGCCUCGCUCAACGCGGUGGAGGGGGCAUCUGCAGCCGCAACGCCAGCUGUGAGGGCGGCGAGGGUGGAGGCCAAGGAAAUGAGGACCGCAGCGGCAGCUUCGUCGACCGACGCGAUCGAAGCAAAAUCGUCGACCGAGCGGAGCCGUGAGGAGGAGCAAGAGCCGAAACGGCUGAGGGCAACAACCACGAUGCUCCGAGUUUCCAAGGACAAAGACAGACGCUUGCUGUUCCGAGGGUGGAGCCGGCUCUGCUUGCACGCCGCGUCUCUCAACGCCGCCGAUGCCGUAUCGGCGACGGCCACCGCAGCGGCGAGGGCCGCCAGAGCGGAGGCGGAAGCGACGCAGGCCGCUGCAGCCGCAACGGCCGCCGGAAUCGAGACAGACGCCGCCGUGGUUCGACAACGCGUGGCAGCGGCGGAGUCGGAAGCGAGAGACCAGAGGGAGCGGAGGGCACUGCAUAUGAUCUGCAGCGCGGGUCGGGACUACAACAGACGCCUUCUCUUCCACGGUUGGAGUCGGCUCUGCCGACAAGCGACGUCUGUCCACAUCGCCGAGGGGUCAUCGACGGCCGCGGAAGCGAUAGCCAGGCCGGAUGUCAUGGAGAAGCCGACACACUCACCUGCAGAACAUGCCAAGGCAUCGGAAAAGGUCGACGGGGACUCGGUGAUGGCGACGACCCUUGUGAAAAGAGCACAGGAAGCUGAAAAGGCUGUCGACAACCAAAAACGACAGCUAGCCGCUCGAUUGGGAGCAUCUACAGCGGCAACACCAGCUGCAAGGGCGGCGAGGGUGGAGGUCCAAGAAAAGGAGACCGCAGCAGCAGCUUCGUCGACCGACGCUGUCGAAGCGGAAGGGUCGACUGAGCGGAGACGUGAGGAGGAGCAGGGGCUUCAGCGGCAUAGGGCAUUGACCACGAUAUCUCGAGUCUCCAAGGACAAAGACAGGCGCUUGCUGUUCCGAGGGUGGAGCCGGUUGUGCUUGCACGCCGCGUCUCUCAACGCCGCCGAUGCCGUAUCGGCGACGGCCACCGCAGCGGCGAGGGCCGCCAGAGCGGAGGCGGAAGCCACGGCAGCCGCUGCAGCUGCAACGGCCGCCGGAAUCGAGACAGACGCCGCCGUGGUUCGGCAACGCGUGGCAGCGGCGGAGUCAGAAGCGAGAGACCAGAGGGAUCGGAGGGCACUGCAUAUGAUCUGCAGCGCAGGUCGGGGCUACAACAGACGGCUUCUUUUCCAUGGUUGGAGUAGGCUCUGCCGACACGCUGCAGGAAAAGGCGGCGCAGAUGGAAUUUCGUCAGAUGCCGAGCCUGCAGCAGCUCAAGCCGCUAGGGCGGAUGCCAUGGAGAAGCAGGUACAUGCAUCUGCCAAACCUGCGGAAGGAGCCAAGGGAGUGGAAAAGCUCGACGGGGAGUCGGUGAUGGCGGCGACCUUUGUGAAGAGAGCAGAGGAAGCUGAAAAGGCGGUCGAUGACCAAAGACGACAGCUAGCCGCUCGAAUGGUUACUAGAGUGCUCGGCGAUAGAAUCCGCUGCUUCCUAUUCCGCAGCUGGGGUCGCCUCCGUUCGGACGCCGCCUCACUCGCCGCGGCGGAGAGGGCACCUGCAACGGCAGCAUCAGUUGUAAGGACGGCGAGGGUGGAGCCCGAGGAAAAGAGGACCGCAGCGGCAGCUUCGUCGACCGACGCGAUCGAAGCGGAAGUGUCGACUGGGCGGAGCCGUGAGCAGGGGCAGGAGCUGCAGCGGCAUAGGGCGAUGACCACGAUGCUCCGAGUUUCCAAGGACAAAGACAGGCGCUUGCUGUUCCGAGGGUGGAGCCGGUUGUGCUUGCACGCCGCGUCUCUCAACGCCGCCGAUGCCGUAUCGGCGACGGCCACCGCAGCGGCGAGGGCCGCCAGAGCGGAGGCGGAAGCGACGCAGGCCGCUGCAGCUGCAACGGCCGCCGGAAUCGAGACAGACGCCGCCGUGGUUCGGCAACGCGUGGCAGCGGCGGAGUCGGAAGCGAGAGACCAGAGGGAGCGGAGGGCACUGCAUAUGAUCUGCAGCACAGGGCGGGACCACAACAGACGCCUUCUCUUCCACGGCUGGAGUCGGCUUUGCCGACACGCUGCAUUCAUAGGUGGCGCAGAAGGACUUUCGGCGGAUGCUUAUCCUGCAGAACCUCAAGUCGCUAGGGUAGAUGUCUUGGAGAAGACGGUACAUACACCGGCAGGAGGAGCCAAGGCUUCGGAUCAGAUCGACGGGGACUCGGUGAUGGCGGCAACCCUUGUGAAGAGAGCAGAGGAAGCUGAAAAGGCAGUCGACGAGCAAAGCAGGCAGCUAGCCGCUCGAACGAUAUCUCGAGUUUUCAUAGACAAAGACAGGCGCUUGCUGUUCCGAGGGUGGAGCCGGCUCUGCUUGCACGCCGCGUCUCUCAACGCUGCCGAUGCCGUAUCAGCGACGGCAACCUCAGCGGCGAGGGCCGCCAGAGCGGAGGCGGAGGCGACGCAGGCCGCUGCAGCCGCAACGGCCGCCGAAAUCGAGACAGACGCCGCCGUGGUUCGGCAACGCGUGGCAGCGGCGGAGUCGGAAGCGAGAGACCAGAGGGAGCGGAGGGCAUUGCAGAUGGUUGCUAGAGUGCUCAGCGAUAGGAACCGCCGCCUCCUAUUCCGCAGCUGGGGGCGCCUCCGUUCGCAUCCAGCCUCGCUCGCCGCGGUGGAGAGGUCACCUGCAGCGGCAGCACCCACUGAAAGGGCGGUGAGGGUGGAGGCUCAGGAAACGGGGGCCGCAGCGGCAGCAGCUUCGUCGACCGACGCGGUCGAAGCGAAAACGUCGACAGAGCGGAGCCGCGAGGAGGAGCAGGAGACGAACCGGGUUCGGGCGAGGACAACCAUAUCUCGAGUCUGCAAGGACAAAGACAGGCGCUUGCUGUUCCGAGGGUGGAGCCGGUUGUGCUUGCACGCCGCGUCUCUCAACGCCGCCGAUGCCGUAUCGGCGACGGCCACCGCAGCCGCGAGGGCGGCCAGAGCGGAGGCGGAAGCGACGCAGGCCGCUGCAGCUGCAACGGCCGCCGGAAUCGAGACAGACGCCGCCGUGGUUCGGCAACGCGUGGCAGCGGCGGAGUCGGAAGCGAGAGACCAGAGGGAGAGGAGGGCAUUGCAUAUGAUCUGCAGCGCAGGUCGGGACUACAACAGACGACUUCUCUUCCACGGUUGGAGUCAGCUCUGCCGACACUCGGCGCCUCUCCACAUCGCCGAGGGGUCAUCGAAGGCCGCGGAAGCGAUAGCCAGGUCGGAUGUCAUGCAGAAGUCAGAACAUGCACCUGCAGAACAAGCCAAGGCAUCGGAAAAGGCCGACGGAGAGUCGGUGAUGCCGGCGACCCUUGUGAAGAGAGCAGAGGAAGCUGAAAAGGCCGUCGACAACCAAAAACGACAGCUAGCCGCUCGAGUGGUGGCCAGAGUGCUUGGCGAUAGAAACCGGCGCCUCAUGUUCCGUAGCUGGGGUCGCCUGUGUUCGCACUUCGUCUCGCUCAACGCGGCUGAGGGAUCAUCUGCAGCGGCAACACCGGCUGCAAGGGCUGUUGAGGUCGACGUAGAGGGUAAGGGGUCCGCAAAGGCCAUUUCGUCGAUUGACGCCGUCGAAGAGGAGGGGUUUGAGCGAAGCAAUCGGGAGAAGGAGCUGAAGCGACUUAGGGCAGUGGCGAAGAUUUCUCGAGCAUAUGGCGACACGGACAAGAGAUCCUUGUUCCGUGGUUGGAGUCGACUCUGUCUACAUGCCGCGUCGCUAUCUGCGGCCGAGGGGGCCUCCGCCGCCGCCACCGCUACGGCCAGGGCUGCCCGAGCUGAGGCGAUGCAGAAAGAGGCGGAAGCGGCCGCCGAAAAGGCCGAGGCGUGGAAGAGAGCGGCCGCCGCCAGCGUGGAGGUUGCCGAGGCACGAGAGAAAGCACAACGGGAGGCCGCUCGUGGGUCAACGUUGGCGUCUGAGCUACAGCUCAACAUCCAAGACAAGGAGGAGGCAUUGCGACAGCACCAGCUACGCCGAACGAAAAUGCUGGGGGCCGCCGCCGCCGCCACAGCUACGGCCAGGAGCGCCCGAGCUGAGGCGAUGGAGAAGGAAGCGAAAGCGGCCGCCGACAAGGCUGAGGCUUGGAGGAGAGCGGCCGCCGCCAGCGUGGAGGUUGCCGAAGCACGAGAGAAAGCACAACGGGAGACCGCUCGUAGGUCGGAAUUGGCGUCUGAGCUACAGCUCAAGGUCAAAGACACGGAGGAGGUAGUGCGAGAGCAUCAGCUACGCCGUCUGAAGAUGCUGAUCGCUCGCGUGUGCGGCGAGAGGGACAGGGCCCUCGUGUUCCGAGGGUGGAGCCGUCUCUGCCUGCACGCCGCAUCGCUGUCUGCCGCCGAGGGGGGCUCCGCCGCCGCCACCGCUGCGGCUAGGGCUGCUCGAGCUGAGGCGAUGGAGAAGGAAGCGAAAGCGGCCGCCGACAAGGCUGAGGCUUGGAGGAGAGCGGCCGCCGCCAGCGCGGAGGUUGCCGAGGCACGAGAGAAAGCACAAAGGGAGGCCGCCCGUGGGUCGGAAUUGGCAUCUGAGCUGCAGCUCAAGGUCAAAGGCACGGAGGAAGCAAUGCGAGAGCAUCAGCUCCACCGUCUGAAGAUGCUGAUCACUCGCGUGUGCGGCGAGAGUGACAGGGCCCUCAUGUUCCGAGGGUGGAGCCGUCUCUGCCUGCACGCCGCAUCGCUGUCUGCCGCCGAGGGGGUCUCCGCCGCCGCCACCGCUGCGGCUAGGGCUGCCCGAGCUGAGGCGAUGGAGAAGGAGGCGGAAGCGGCCGCCGCCAGCGCGGAGGUUGCCGAGGCACGAGAGAAAGCACAGCGGGAGGCCGCCCGUGGGUCGGAAUUGGCAUCUAAGCUACAGCUCAAGGUCAAAGACACGGAGGAGGCCUUGCGACAGCAUCAGCUACGCCGUCUGAAGAUGCUGAUCUCUCGCGUGUGCGGCGAGAGUGACAGGGCCCUCAAGUUCCGAGGGUGGAGCCGUCUCUGUCUCCACGCCGCAUCGCUGUCUGCCGCCGAGGGGGCCUCCGCCGCCGCCACCGCUGCGGCUAGGGCUGCUCGAGCUGAGGCGAUGGAGAAGGAAGCGAAAGCGGCCGCCGACAAGGCUGAGGCUUGGAGGAGAGCGGCCGCCGCCAGCGUGGAGGUUGCCGAAGCACGAGAGAAAGCACAACGGGAGGCCGCCCGUGGGUCGGAAUUGGCAUCUGAACUACAGCUCAAGGUCAAAGACACGGAGGAGGUAGUGCGAGAGCAUCAGCUCCACCGUCUGAAGAUGCUGAUCACUCGCGUGUGCGGCGAGAGUGACAGAGCCCUCGUGUUCCGAGGGUGGAGCCGUCUCUGUCUGCACGCCGCAUCGCUGUCUGCCGCCGAGGGGGCCUCCGCCGCCGCCACCGCUGCGGCUAGGGCUGCUCGAGCUGAGGCGAUGGAGAAGGAGGCGAAAGCGGCCGCCGACAAGGCUGAGGCUUGGAGGAGAGCGGCCGCCGCCAGCGUGGAGGUUGCCGAGGCACGAGAGAAAGCACAACGGGAGGCCGCCCGUGGGUCGGAAUUGGCAUCUGAGCUGCAGCUCAAGGUCAAGGAUACGGAGGAGGUAGCGCGAGAGCAUCAACUACAUCGCCUGAAGAUGCUGAUCGCUCGCGUGUGCGAGAGAGACAGGGCCCUCAUGUUCCGAGGGUGGAGCCGUCUCUGCCUGCACGCCGCAUCGCUGUCUGCCGCCGAGGGGGCCGCCGCCGCCGCCACCGCUGCGGCUAGGGCUGCCCGAGCUGAGGCGAUGGAGAAGGAGGCGAAAGCAGCCGCCGACAAGGCUGAGGCGUGGAGGAGAGCGGCCGCCGCCAGUGCGGAGGUUGCCGAGGCACGAGAGAAAGCACAACGGGAGGCCGCCCGUGGGUCGGAAUUGGCGUCUGAGCUACAGCUCAAGGUCAAAGACACGGAGGAGGAAGUGCGAGAGCAUCAGCUCCACCGUCUGAAGAUGCUGACCUCUCGCGUGUGCGGCGAGAGGGACAGGGCCCUCAUGUUCCGAGGGUGGAGCCGUCUCUGCCUGCACGCCGCAUCGCUGUCUGCCGCCGAGGGAGCCUCCGCCGCCGCCACCGCUGCGGCUAGGGCUGCCCGAGCUGAGGCGAUGGAGAAGGAGGCGGAAGCGGCCGCCGACAAGGCUGAGGCGUGGAGGAGAGCGGCCGCCGCCAGCGUGGAGGUUGCCGAGGCACGAGAGAGAGCCCAACGGGAGGCCGCCCGUGGGUCGGUAUUGGCUGCUGAGCUGAAGCUCAAGGUGAAAGACACGGAGGAAGCAGUGCGAGAUCGUCAACUACAUCGCCUGAAGAUGUUGGGGGCCGCCGCCGCCGCCACCGCUGCGGCCAGAGCUGCCCGAGCUGAGGCGAUGGAGAAGGAAGCGAAAGCGGCCGCCGACAAGGCUGAGGCGUCGAGGAGAGCGGCCGCGGCGAGCGCAGAGGUGGCCGCGGCGACGGAGCAGGCGCAACGGGAAACUUCUCGUGGUUCAGAAUUGGCGUCUGAGCUACAGCUGAAGGUCAAGGACACGGAGGAGGUAGUGCGAGAACACCAGCUACGACGAAUAAAGAUGCUGAUAAUUCGAGUGUGUGGCGAGAGUGACAAGGCCCUCAUGUUCCGCGGUUGGAGCCGGCUGUGCCUGCACGCCGCAUCGCUGUCUGCUGCCGAGGGGGGUGCCGCCGCCGCUACAGCUGCGGCUAGGGCUGCCCGAGCUGAGGCGAUGGAGAAGGAGGCGAAAGUAGCCGCCGACAAGGCUGAGGCAUGGAAAAAGGCGGCCGCCGCCAGCGUGGAGGUUGCUGAGGCACGGGAGAAAGCAGGGAAGAUGGCGCGGGAGCAUCAACUACACCGUCUGAAGAUGCUGGGGGCGGCCGCCGGCGCUACCGCUGCGGCUAGGGCUGCCCGAGCUGAGGCGAUGGAGAAGGAGGCGAAAGCGGCCGCCGACAAGGCUGAGGCUUGGAAAAAGGCGGCCGCCGCCAGCGUGGAGGUUGCUGAGGCACGAGAGAAAGCACAGCGGGAGGCCGCUCGUGGGCUGGAAUUGGCAUCUGAGCUGAAGCUCAAGGUCAAGGAUACGGAGGAGGCAGCGAGGCAUGCACGAGAACUCGACAAAAAGACGCGCGCCCUCGCCAUCCUUCUCCAAGACGACUGGGCAAACGCCGUCCUCAAGCGGGAGAAAGAAACCCGCGCCGUCCGCCUGCAGCUCGCUCAAGCUGACGCAGACCUCGGCGAACAACUCGACAGCAUAGCCGGCCUUGCCGUGGGCAGCAAGCGGAGGGCUCGAAAGGCGUCAGUGAGACAUUCUAAUCAUGCGGGAGGCGGGCAUGUGGGCGAGCACGAGGAAGAAAAGCGGGAAACAACGGGGCACGAACCGGAGGUGUUUCUGGGAGAAGGGACAGGCGGGAUCGGGAUGGUCGCGCUGCAGGGCGAGGGUGCCCGUCGUCUAAGAGCUUACGUGGCCAGCAAAGGACGAGACUUAAAACGCGCAAGAGUGGAGUCUGAGCAGUGGCGUGUCCGGUGUGAAGCGAUGCAACGCCGGCUAACAAAUGUGCUCCAAGGAGAAGAGGGAUCGGAACCAAGAGCUUCUACCAACGAAGGAAAGAAGCUCGCGGCGAUACUGCUCAACAUGCUCGACGAAAGAGAUCGCAGAACGCACAUUCACCGCUUGUCGCACGAGGUUCAGCGCCUGGAGACCGCGUUGAGAAGUGGUGGUGUUCCCCAUUCCUCAGGCCGAACGGAAUUCGACGUUGCGCCCAAUGUUUCGGCGGGGGCUGCCAGGCACGGAGAAGAGGGGGCGAGUCGGGGGGGGUUCUCCUUGCGGGAGGAAGGAGUCCUUGUCGAGACAACAAACACGAUGUCGCCCGGUCAGGGCGGCCACGGACAUUCCAUCGCUUCCAUCGACGACGUCGUCCAAUCUGCCACCGACGCGCACGAGCUCGUACGCUCUCUACGUUCCGAGGUAUCCGCCCUCGAACGCCAUCGCGCGACCCUGCAGGCGAACCUCAUGCGUAUCGAGGACGCCUCAGCGGCGACCGGCGGCGGAACAGCGACCACCGCGGGGGUGGACGAUGUUGAGACGACCAACAGUAGUAGUAAAAGGCCCACCAGCGACAACGAUGAGGACGAAGAAGGUAGGGCAAGGCGAGCGGUGGCAACGCCGGGAUUAAACAAGCAGCUACCGUCAACGAAAACGAGGCCCGAUCGGGGGCGCGAUUCAAGGAAGAGAUCACGGGUGGAGAGGAGGGCCCGCGCUGCGGCGGUCUUGCGCCAAGCUGUCCACGGUAACGGCGGCGAGGACAACGAAGAACCGGCAACAGGAGGCGGGGCGGUAGAGGCUGAAGAGGCAAGAGUUGUACUUUUGGCACGAGAAGAAAGGCAGAGAGCGCAGGAGGUUUUCGUGUCGAGGCGUGUAGCCCGGGCGUAA